AUGGCUGGAACCCGGGCCAGAUGUGACUCAAAAGCCCUUGAUCUGCAGAUAGCCCUAGAUUUACUUUAUAGCCGUGAGAAUUUAAGCGAGACGGGUGAUCAUGUUAGUGUCUACUGUGAGAAUUUAAGCGAAGUUGUAGAUGAAGCCGUGAGAUUAGUCGGCACUCAUUUGGAAUUUGACAUCUCACAAACCGAACUAUCAUACGAGACGGGUGAUCAUGUUGGUGUCUACUGUGAGAAUUUAAGCGAACUUGUAGAUGAAGUCGUGAGAUUAGUCGGCAUACCACCCAACACUUAUUUCUCAAUCCAUGCUGAUAAAGAGGAUGGAACGCCUAUCACUGGCUCCACCUUGCCACCUCCAUUCCCUCCAUGCACUUUAAGAAACGCAUUGGCGCGCUAUGCAAAUGUUUUAAGUUCUCCUAAAAAGACUGCUUUGCUUGCUCUAGCUGCUCAUGCUUCUGAUCCCAAUGAAGCAGCUGAUCGACUAAAAUUUCUCGCAUCACCAGCGGGAUGAAUAUGCUCAAUGGAUAGUUGUAAGCCAGAGAAGUCUUCUUGAGGUUAUGGAGUCAUUCCCGUCAGCGAAACCUCCACUUGGUCUUUUCUUCGUAGCUGUGGCCCCACGCUUGCAGCCUCGAUACUACUCGAUUUCUUCUUCUCCAAAGUUGUCCCUUGGCGCCAGAGGUGUAGGACGCGAUUACAAAAUGGUGUGCAAUCUGUGAUGCUUCUUGCGAGUUGGGCUAUUUGGAGAGUACAUAAUGAUGUUGUAUUAACCUGGAUGAACUCCUUGCUAGCUGUGGUGGAAUGAUGUGGCCUUUAAAAAAACACUUUGUUUAUGAUUAGGCACCAAAAUAGAAAGUUGGUUUGUAACACUUUCUUUAUACAGAGUCAACAUGAUGAGCUGGAGGCUAAGUAUCUUGAAGAGAAAGCAACAUUGGAAGCAAAAUAGUUAAAGUUGUAUAAGCUGUUGUAUGCUAAGGUCUCCAUAAUCAUUCUAUCUUGCUUUGGAUUUUGAAUUUGUUAAAAACAUUAUAAGAUUUUAAUAAGCUUCAAGUUUAUAUAUGAUACCGUAUGAAUA